AUGACUGGGGAUGUUCUUCCUUAUUUUGAUGCUUUCAGCAUGGUAGUUCCAGAUGAUUCAGCAUGCAUUGUCACUGUUCCAAUAACCCUUGACAUUGCUUCCGACCAUGAGGAGGAGAAACCAUGCCUAAACACCCAAAACCCAAAUAUUACCAAUGUGCGCUAUGCGACAUUGCUUGGUGUUCCUGCUCGUGAUUGUGGUGGUUGGUUUUUGACGACCGAACAGAGAAAAAAAGAUAGAGUGAAUGGAAUGGUCAAUGGUGGUUGGUUCUUCAAAAGAAGAGAUAGAAAAGAGAGUGAGGAACGAGAGAUGGAUCACAGUUUUUAA